AUGACGGCCGCGGUGUUCUUCGGUUGCACGUUCAUCGCCUUCGGGCCCGCCAUCGCCCUGUUCCUGUUCACCGUGUCCCGGGAGCCGCUAAGGGUCAUCUUCCUGAUCGCAGGGGCCUUCUUCUGGCUGGUGUCCCUGCUGCUGUCCUCUUUGGUCUGGUUCGUCUCGGUUCAGAUCAGUGAUAAAAACAGUCGGUCGCAGCAGAAGGGGCUCCUCAUCUUUGGAGUGGUGCUGUCUGUGCUGCUGCAGGAGGUCUUUAGAUAUGGGUACUACAGACUGCUCAAAAAAGCCAACGAGGGUCUGUUGACUCUGAGUCAGGAAGAGACGAUGCCCAUCUCCAUAAAACAGUUGGCCUAUGUCUCAGGUCUGGGUUUCGGGUUCAUGAGUGGAGCGUUCUCUGUGGUCAACAUUUUGGCAGAUUCUGCAGGACCUGGAACUGUGGGAAUCCACGGAGACUCCCAGCACUACUUCCUGUCCUCAGUCUGCUGCGGCCAGUCUGCUGCGGCCAGUCUGCUGCGACGAGUCUGCUGCGACGAGUCUGCUGCGACGAGUCUGCUGCGACGAGUCUGCUGCGACGAGUCUGCUGCGACUUAUCUGCUGCGACUUAUCUGCUGCGUCUUAUCUGCUGCGUCUUAUCUGCUGCGUCUUAUCUGCUGCGUCUUAUCUGCUGCGUCUUAUCUGCUGCGACCAGUCUGCUGCGGCCAGUCUGCUGCGACGAGUCUGCUGCGGCCAGUCUGCUGCGACGAGUCUGCUGCGACGAGUCUGCUGCGACGAAUCUGCUGCGACGAGUCUGCUGCGACUUAUCUGCUGCGACUUAUCUGCUGCGUCUUAUCUGCUGCGACCAGUCUGCUGCGGCCAGUCUGCUGCGACGAGUCUGCUGCGACGAGUCUGCUGCGGCCAGUCUGCUGCGACGAGUCUGCUGCGACGAGUCUGCUGCGACGAGUCUGCUGCGACGAGUCUGCUGCGGCCAGUCUGCUGCGACCAGUCUGCUGCGACGAGUCUGCUGCGACCAGUCUGCUGCGACGAGUCUGCUGCGACCAGUCUGCUGCGACGAGUCUGCUGCGACGAGUCUGCUGCGACGAGUCUGCUGCGACGAGUCUGCUGCGACGAGUCUACUGCGGCCAGUCUGCUGCGACCAGUCUGCUGCGACCAGUCUGCUGCGACCAGUCUGCUGCGACCAGUCUGCUGCGACCAGUCUGCUGCGACCAGUCUGCUGCGACCAGUCUGCUGCGACCAGUCUGCUGCGACGAGUCUGCUGCGACCAGUCUGCUGCGACGAGUCUGCUGCGACGAGUCUGCUGCGACGAGUCUACUGCGGCCAGUCUGCUGCGACCAGUCUGCUGCGACCAGUCUGCUGCGACGAGUCUGCUGCGACCAGUCUGCUGCGACGAGUCUGCUGCGACCAGUCUGCUGCGACGAGUCUGCUGCGACCAGUCUGCUGCGACGAGUCUGCUGCGACGAGUCUGCUGCGGCCAGUCUGCUGCGACCAGUCUGCUGCGACCAGUCUGCUGCGACGAGUCUGCUGCGACGAGUCUGCUGCGACCAGUCUGCUGCGACGAGUCUGCUGCGGCCAGUCUGCUGCGACGAGUCUGCUGCGGCCAGUCUGCUGCGGCCAGUCUGCUGCGACGAGUCUGCUGCGACUUAUCUGCUGCGGCCAGUCUGCUGCCUGGUUGCAUGA